CAGAGUAGCAGAGCAGUUAAUGCUAACAAGCAUACGGCAAAUUCAUGUAGCCAGUUAGCCAUGUAGCUAGCUACCGAGGUGCUUAUAAAAGGCAUAAACAGACUACACAGACUUCAGUUAACUGAUUAGAUACCACAACAAAGGAACAUAGCGAGGAAAGAUGCAAGCUGGAGACCCAGUGGUUGGUGCAGCGAUGGCUGGUGCUGGUGCUCAGAGUCGGUCCGAGGACGAAGAGUCACUUGGGGUAAAAGAUGUAAAAAGGACAGCAACGCAAGCGUUCGGCAUUAGUGUUCCCAAACGCAGAAGUUCAUCCAGAUCAAUAAAGAGGAAGAAGUUUGACGAUGAAUUGGUGGAGAGCAGUCUCGUGAAGUCCUCCAGUCGAGUCAAAGGCCCUCCUGUCAUAGAGCCUGUCCGCUGUUCAGGAAGUGAACCUUCAUCUAGCGAGAAAAAAAAGGUGACAAAAUCGGGAACGGCUCUCACACUGCCUCUCACAAUGGUAGUUAACUCUGCACCCAUCACUAAAAGAGUAAAGAAAAGCAAGCAGCCUCUACAUAUUACUAAAGACUUGGGAAGAUGGAAACCCACUGAUGACCUUCUACUUAUAAAUGCAGUGUUGCAGACCACAGACCUAACUUCUGUUCAUUUGGGGGUCAAGUUCAGCUGUCGUUUCACGUUGCGGGAAAUUAAAGAGAGGUGGUACGCGCUCCUCUACGAUCCUGUCAUCUCGAAGCUGGCAUGGCAGGCCAUGCGUCAGCUUCACCCGGAGGCCAUUGCAGCAAUCCAAAGCAAAGCUCUGUUCAGUCAGGCUGAGGAGGGACUGCUGGCUAAGAUUGGUUCAACUAGUCAGCCCAAACUGGAUGUGUUCCAGGAGCUUUUGAGCAAACACCCCGGUGUCUUUCACCCAUCUCGCACCCCCAAGAGCCUGCUGGUACACUGGCAGCUGCUGAAGCAGUACUACCUACUGGAUGAUCAGAGCGUCCAGCCUCUCCCAAAAGGUGACCAAGUCCUCAACUUCUCUGAUGCUGAGCAGAUGGUUGAUGAUGUAAAGUUAAAGGAGAGUAGAGAUGAGGUGUUAGAACACGAGCUGAUGAUUUCCGAUCGUCACCAAAAAAAAGAGAUCAGACAAUUGGAGCAGGAGUUGCCUCGUUGGCAGGUCCUUGUGGACAGUAUUACGGGGAUGAGCAUGCCCGAUUUUGACAACCAGACACUGGCAGCAUUACGAGGAAGAAUGGUACGCUACCUCAUGAGAUCGCGAGAGAUUACGUUGGGCAGGGCGACCAAGGACAAACCGAUAGACGUAGAUCUGUCGCUAGAGGGACCUGCCUGGAAAAUAUCAAGAAAACAAGGAAUUAUUAAGCUGAAGAAUAACGGGGACUUCUUCAUCGCCAAUGAGGGCAGACGACCCAUCUACAUAGAUGGCAGACCGGUCUUGUCGGGGAACAAGUGGAAACUCAACAACAACUCGGUGGUGGAGAUUGCAGGUCUUCGCUUUGUGUUUCUCAUUAACCUGGAACUCAUCUCACUUAUAAAAGCUGAAGCAGCCAAGAUGACACCGCAGUGAACAUCAGCCAUCUGUCAAGAGGAGUGAACAUACAGGACGUACUGGCAGCCGAACCGGUCCAGUCACUUCCUCUUUGUCCAACAGCGGUUGACAGUUUAUCUCCUGAAGCAGCAGCAGAGCUACCACGAUUCACACCGACAAACACCAUGAUAACUUGAAAUGUGAAUUUUAGACUACAGCUAAAUCCUGGAGCAAGGUAGUAACAGGUGUUACUUGUUGUUUAAACAGUUUCCAUGUUGUAAUGUAGACACUCUCAUGGUAGAGCCUUGUUUUCUGUUUGUUUUUUUGCCAAUUUUUCAGAAUAUUGUAUUUAAAUUCUGUAGUAAAGCUUUUUCAAAAUAUUAAACUUGUAUACACAAAGUUCUGUGUCCAAUCUACAGUUUGAACAUUACAUUUCACAUCUCAACAAAAAACUGAACCGUGAGCAACAACACUUCCUGUAUUUGUUAUCUAUGUAGCUGUAGACGAGUAGUUAAUGAGGAAAUUAACUGAAUAAUCUGCAAGCAUGGAGAUUUGAGAAAGGGACGUUAGGUAUAAUGUUUCUUGUUAUCUGUGUCCUGUGUCUUUUAUAGUACAUAUUUAAUAUGAUAAUCUUUAUGUUUUGAAAGGUAUGUCCAUAUUUUCUUUUUCCAAAAUGUCUGAUUGGUUAGAAAUCAGAACAUAUAGUAACAGGUAAGCAAAUAGGAACAAUAUGCCUCUCACACUUGACCCCGGAGCAUCAGCGAGUGAAAGUUCUCUUAAUAUAAGCAGGUAAUUCACCUCUUGGAUGACUCUCACAUGAUAUGAACCAACAAUGGAUUAAUAUUAGAAUCCAAUUUGUUUAGAGAUUUUAGAUCCUGUUAUCAGCCUACACACAGAUGAGUACAACUUUUUAUUGCACUUUUUUUUUUUUUUUUUUAAAACCUGGUUUACAAAGUGCC